AUGUUCAAUAUUCUAGAUUUAGUAUUCAAUACUCUAACUUCGUUAGUUCCCAUACUAUGCACAAUCAAAGCACUCGACCCAACAAUUGAGUUCAACUACCAAUCGUAUCAGUUCUUGCUUAACUAUUGGUUGUACUUUAUCCUACUAAACUACAUAACAUCCACAUUAUUUCAAAAUACAGGGCUCGUCAAGUUAGCAACUUCUGGUGCAAAAUUCUGGCUCUUUUAUGGUUCAAAUAACAAUAUUGGAUUUUUAAAUAGUAUACUAUUCAAAAAAUAUGAAGGUAACUGGAAGAAAAUAGAAUCAAGUGUUAAUCCAAUUAUAUCACAAGUAAGUCCCAAUUUUGGAGAUUUCAAUUUACAAUUGCAUAAUUUGGGUGCCAAAUAUUCAAAACCAAUUCAUAGUAACUAUAGUCUCAAUAUUGAUCUGAUAUUAUUUAGCUUUGUUGGGUUUUUGAAAAUUUGUCAAUCAGUAGUUACCAGUACUCAGAAUAGUACAGAAGCAGCAGCAGCAGCAGCAACUGCUACUACUACCACUACUACAAAAAUGAAAUCUUCUUCAUCACCACAACAAGCAAAAAAAGUCAAAAAGGUAUUGCGCAAACAGCCAUCAUUCACUUCCUUAGUUUCAAGGUCAAGAUCAAACUCAAACUCAAACCCAAAUUUAAGUUUAAACUCAAACUCCAAUUCUGGAGCAAACACACAACGAAAGCAAAGUAAUUCAAUUCUAGGGUCACCAACCUUAUAUCCACAUAGCAACGCUAGUAAUACUAAUUCACCACCACCACAGCCAUUGUCGAUUCCCAAGUAUAGAAUUUCUAGCACACCACCGCCUAAUCUCAAUUAUACUAUUGAACCAAUCCAAUAUGGGGUCGCUGAUGUAAAUGGAUAUAAAAGGCGAACGGUGUCAGGGGGGGAUUUCGAUUUGAAUGCUUCGAUUCAGAAAUUACGUCAACAACAGGCGCAAGCAAUUAAGCGGAAACCACAAGCUCAAUUGGACGCGGUAUUACAUACACAGCAGCAGCAACAGCAACAGCAACAGCAGCAACAGCAGCAACAACAACAGUAUGAAUCAGAAGCAUAUGGCAUCAGAAUUACACUGCCUCAAAUACAAAAGCAGUCAUUUUCUCAAUUUAAGCAACAGCAGCAGGAAAAGGAACAAAACCAAAACCAAAACUAUUUUCGAUACCUGGAAAACUACAAGGAUUAUCAAUAUAAUGAUACAAAUGGGAAUAAUCCAGGCUAUAAAUUAAUGACUGAUAAGUAUAAGGUAAAUCCUAGUUUUGCCAAAAAUAUGAAGAAUGAACUACCUGCUGUUCCUUCACCGUCAAUGGUUCUUCAAUAA